AUGGGGCACGUGGCGCUCGGUCACGGCUGCGCGGCUGGAUCCGCGAGCGGCGGGGUGUGGCCCGCUGCGCUUGCGUCGCUUGCAGCGCUCUGGGUGGUAGAGGCCGGCUUGCGGGAGCGCUCGACCCGCUUUGAUUUUGAGGCUUUCGGAGGCUUUGGAAAGGAGGUUCGCAGCACCCUGUCCCUGAGGGAGGCGGCGAACCAGCUGAGCAACAAACUUUCGCACGCUCAGCACCUGGACGAGGUCACAUGGACCACCAAGAACUGGCACGGGCUGCAGAUGCAGCGCUUGUCUGUCGUCCUCCACACCGCCGUGGCGUGGCAGACGGUGAACGAGCUAGCGUGCGGGGAGAGCGGCAUUGUGCAUGGUGCGGAGUGCAUUGCC